CAUCAGUUGACAGUUUGUGAUGGCGGAUGUGUCAGAAGUAGACGCAAUGAAGAAUUUUCACGGAGGUUUCGAGAAAAUAGACAAAGAAAUGAGCCGAUAUCCGUAUUGUAUUGUUUGGACACCUAUUCCAGUCCUAACGUGGUUCUUGCCUUUCAUCGGUCACAUGGGAAUAUGCACAUCCAGUGGAAUUAUUCGUGACUUUGCAGGACCAUACUUUGUAUCUGAAGAUAACAUGGCUUUUGGAAGACCGACCAAGUACUGGAAACUAGAUGUCAACAAGGUGUACGCUUCAAGCCCCAAUGCCUGGGACAUGGCAGUACAUGAUGCAUCAGAAGAGUACAAGCACAGAAUGCACAACUUGUGUUGUGACAACUGCCACUCCCAUGUUGCCAUGGCCCUGAACCUGAUGCGCUACGACAACUGCUCCUCCUGGAACAUGGUCAAGCUCUGUCUGCUCACACUCAUCUACAGCAAACACGUCAGCUUCGUGGGGUUCCUGAAGACUUGGCUGCCCUUCCUGAUGCUGGUUGGCGUGGUGGUGACCAUCGCCCUGGCAUUCAACCUCCGGUAACCGAGACAACAGACGCAGGACACACGAGCCGACAAACACACACACACACAUAUAUGACGUGUGAAAACCAACACACGCUUGACACGCGUGAAGGAAUUCAGAACUGCUCCAGAAGAGAAGGCAGGAACAUCGGAAGUCCCUCCUACUUGUAAUAACCUACUGACUCGUAAAAUUAUCACUGAUUGUGAAUCCAAAAUGCUUCCAUCUGCUCCGUUUUGUAUGUGUAUCUCUCUAUGCUGGAUCACAGCUGUUAAUGGUCGUAUGUAUGGAAUCACAAAUGUAUUGGCGGCUGACCGUGUGCCAGUCAAUGUCUUUCAGGAGAACGCUACUACUGAGCAUUUCCCACAUGGCUGUUGAAGUCCAACAGAUCAUGCAGACACACACACACACACACACACUGUUGCUGUUUUUUUCCACGUGGGUUGGUUCAAGAUUUGAUAAGCCACUGCUGGAUUUUCACAAAGCUAAGAAAUACUGUACAAAUUUGACAAUUGUACUUACAUAUACAGCAAACUAUGACACUUGGACAGAUGCCACUCCAUAUUUUCAUAUCUGAGCUGUAGUUUUUAUAGGAACUCCUUUUCGCCUUGGUGUAUACCCACAACUUUUGACUGGUUUCCAUUCCAAGUCUUUUCAUUCGUUUGAAGGUUCAUGGAAAGUACUACAGGGACUUUUUAAAAAAGAGAGAUUGUAUUUUGUUUAUUCAUGUUUUUUUACUGACUUGGUACGUAAUCGAUGCAUGGAAGCCUCAUUGUAUUCCAAUGUUAACCUAUGCUGUACAUAAAAAUGAAAAUAAACAAUAUAAUGGUCUUUA